UACAUUCAUUUACGUAAACAGUGCGUGCUCAGCUAAAAAUGUCAAGAAAUUUGUUUCUGUCAAUUACAAACUUUAUAAAGCACCUGGAAACAUUGUUUGUAUCACAUUGUGCACAUACACCGGCUUUGGCUCAUGCUUCAAUUCAACACAACAACCACGACUCUUUAAAAUUCCGUCUAAAGGAUUUGGUAGAUGAUGGCAUACUAUGGGCUGUUCCCAAGCAUCGACGAAGCGUGGAAAAGCGUUUAAAACGCAAGUUUGGAUAUCUCGAGUAUGUCUGGAAGCCGCUUAGAAUAAAGGCAAACCUGCGUUCCUGCCAGCAUUGUGGACAUAACCACGAGCUGGGACUAUUGUGUCCUCACUGCUACGAGAAAGUUCGUCAAGAAACUCAGCUUAUGCAGGAGAAAAUACAAGAACAGCUUAGUCUGGAACCCACCGAGCAAGAUGUUGUUGUGUUGUACGAGGGCGAAAAAUCAACCCAAACUGCUGACGAACUUAAAGGAAAACGCAUAGUGGAAAUGAAAAAGCCGCGCCCAAUGUGGUUUACAAAGAACCUGUUGCAAAAAUCCACACAGCAAUUAUCUGAAGCCAGGGAGGUCAAGCCAUCCGAUUUGGGCUAAGGCAACAUCGCAAUUAUAUCCAAUAAACUUAUUUUGUCAACAACAUGCAACUUUUUUA